AGAGAAAAGACAAAUGAAGAAGUGAGGCUAACGAAAAGGAAAACACGCUGACAUUUUGGCCACAACACGCGGCGAAACGAAUGCCCAGAGCCACGACACCAUUUCCAUCUACUAUGGAUUUUCUAUCUACUUGAAAUUAAAUUACAAAAGAAGCAUUCAGAUUAUUCGAGGAGGAGAGAGGGAAAGGUGCGUGCAUCGUUGCUAUAAUGUCUCUUUAAUUUCUCUGCUUCUUUGGGCUAAAAAAGAAAAGUCUUCCUUUUUUCCAUAUGUUGAUGUUGUAUAUAUGCGCGUGUGAUUUGUUCAGUGCGGAAGUGGAAUAUACGUAAUUAAUUAAAACCUUUUUAGGCGUAUAUGUGAUUUAAUUAAUUAAAUCAUAACAGAGUAUGAACAAGGAAAGCUUAAAAAACUUGCCAGAAUAGGGUGUCUUUUGUUUUGGUAUCUCUGACCAAUUGUAUGUGUAAAUUUGUAUGCUAUACAAAUAAAAAUAGAAAUAGACUGAGCCGGUAGAAGAAGAAGAAGAAGAAGAAGUAAUUCUCCGAAAACACGAAUGUCGUCUUUGCUGUUGCCUUCGACUAGCCGGCAGUCAAAUCUGGAACGCUUUCUUCAGUGCGUAACUCCCGUUGUUCCUUCCAGACUCCUUCCCCAGAGUUGUAUCCAUGAUCUAAAUAGCUUAUGGCAGCCACUUCAUAGAAAAGAGAGAGUUGAAUACUUCACUUUGGGAGAUCUAUGGGAUUGCUAUGAUGAGUGGAGUGCAUAUGGCGCUGGAACCCAAGUACUUUUGAAUAGCGGUAACAACAUUAUGCAAUAUUAUGUCCCUUACCUAUCGGCCAUUCAGAUCUACAGCAAUAAGUCAGCAUUAGCUUCCAGGAAUCUGAAUCAGGGAGGAUAUAUGGACGCAGUAGAAUUUGAAAGUGAUUCUUGGAGUGAUGAAAGCACAAGUGAUAAACUGUCAAGAUCUCUAAGCAAUAAUUCCAGCUGCACUUGGGAUACCAUUUCUGAAGAUUCGAGCUUUGAUCAUGACGGUUCUUUAAUGACCAGAGACAGACUUGGUUAUCUUUACCUGCAAUACAUGGAGAUAUGUUCUCCCUGCUGGAGGGUUCCACUCAUGGAAAAGAUAACUGAAUUAGCCAGAAUUCAUCCAGGACUGAUGACGCUCAAGAAUGUGGAUCUCUCUCCAGCAAGUUGGAUGGCUGUUGCUUGGUAUCCUAUUUAUCACAUUCCGUCCCAAAGAAAUAAUGAGAAGGACUUGUCGACAUGUUUCCUCACUUAUCAUGCAUUAUCAUCAUCUUUCCAAGAAUAUGGGAAUGAACAGGAUAACAUUGUAGAUACAUUGGAAGCAACAGAAACUAAACCAAAAGUUGAGAACAGUGGUGGUAUUUCCCUUGCUCCCUUUGGGAUGGCUACCUACAAGAUGCAUGGGGAUCUUUGGAUAAAUCCAAGGUCGACGUGCGACCAUGAAAGAAUGAUCAAUCUUUAUAGCGCUGCAGAUUCCUGGUUGAAGCAGCUCGAUGUAAACCACCAUGAUUUUAACUUUUUUACUUACCACUCUGCCACGUGAAUUGGUGCGAACUCUCAACUUUUCAUAUCCCUGCUUGCUUUUUAUUUAGUGGCCAAGCAACUACUAACCGAGUCACCUUUUAGCCAAAGCUAGUAUAGCCAUGAAAUUGAUAAGGGAGUAAAACUGUCAAUGCAAUGACUUGAUCCGGGGCGUUUUUCUGAGAGAUUUUUCUUUUACUUUUUCUAAAACUAAAAGAAACGUUAGGAAAGAGGAAAAAAUGAGUUUCUUUUCUUGAACCUUAUUCUUCUGAAAGGAGUUAGUAGAUCUUACCUGUAAAUGGACUGUUUCAGUUUCAGUUCAAGUGUAACGUUCCCUUCUUUUUUUAUUUGGCGGGAAAUUUGCACACACUUUGUUAAAUUUGUAAAGUUUUCUGAGUUUGUUGGACUUUCAA